AUGGAUGCACUCGCAGGGUACAGCUCAGACGACAGCGAUGUUGCAGAGCAAUCGGCGCCAAAGCUCGUCAAAACCCGCCGGACGCCGACCAGCACCGAGCCAUUGGAGUACGAUCCAUCCGACGCAUUCGGGUUGAGCAGCCUCAAAGCCCAGCAGGCGUCAACUUCACAUAACACACCUCAGCCACCAGUCGACCAUUCCCCACGCAAGUCCCGUGCUUCAAGGAAGAACAAUAGCACCGAUGCGGCCGCAACACCAUCAGCGUCGACCUCGACCCAAGCUUCCUCAUCCGCAGUAGCUCUGGCGCCCAAAGUCAUCGACAACUCGUCCGCCGCUGAAGCGCUGCUCAUGCGACCCGGCGACACCACCAUGCACGUCAACAUCCCCUACGCCGACAUGACCGCACCCCAGCUCGGUCCACAAAACCCGUUCGCCCCACACACCCUCGGAGCACAGCAGAACACAGUCACCGGUCACGUCGAGUCCACCGCCGUCUCGGACUUUGACUUCCGAAACCAGCAACGCACCUUCCACAUAUACGGGUAUGCGAGAGACCCCUCGCUGGCUGGAUCAUCGCAGUACGUUGGUGAUCAGAGGGCAGCAGCGAUGAUGGGAGGCGCGAGCGCGGCGGACGUUCGUGCCGCUAAGGGUGCGGUGUAUCGUGGUGCUGGUGCGGAGAAGGCGAGGAAGAAGAAACGGGAUGGGACGGUUGGGGAUCCGGGUGUGGUGGAUGGAGAGGGGGCGUACGUCGGUCCGUGGGCGAAGUGGAAAGGAGACGAGAAUGUGGCUGUGCAGUUGUUGGGAGAGGAUUCGAGCGUUGGUCCGACGCAACAAGAGUUGAAAGCUGCGCAGGCCAAGGCGGAUGCACGGGAGAAGGACAAGCUUCGCGCUGAACAAGAGAGGAAGAAGGCCGAGGAGGAAGAACCCGAAAAAGUGACGGAGAAGAGCAUCUUCCACGGCAAGAGCAUGUACGACUACCAGGGGCGCACCUACAUGCACGUGCCCACCGACGUCGACGUCAACCUGUCGAGCGAGCCGGGCGAGCAGCAGUGUUUCCUGCCCAAAACGUGCAUCCACACCUUCCGUGGGCACACCAAGGGAAUCUCCACCGUCAAGCUCCUACCGGGUUCCGGGCAUCUGCUGCUCUCGGCUUCGCUGGACACGACGGUCAAGCUGUGGGAUGUUUACCACGAUCGGGCGUGUCUGCGAACCUUUAUGGGUCACACGCAAGGUGUACGCGACGUCGCCUUCUCACCCGAUGGUCGCCGCUUUUUGUCAACCUCCUACGACCGACACAUCAAGCUCUGGGACACGGAGACCGGCGCGUGUCUCUCGACCUUCACCCCCGGUUCCACCGCCAACUGCCUCACCUUUCACCCCUCGCAACCGGACACCUUCCUCGCCGGAAUGUCCGACAAGAAGAUCCUCCAAUACCACAUCCCCACCUCCACCAUCACCCAAGAAUACACUUCGCACCUGGGCUCGAUCAACACGCUCACCUUCGUCGACGCCGAUCGACGCUUCGUCUCUACCUCGGACGACAAGACGCUGCGGGUGUGGGACUACGAUAUUCCCGUGGUGGUGAAAUACGUGGCGGAUCCGGGGAUGCAUUCCAUGCCGAGCGUUUCGCUGUCACCGAGCGGGAAGUGGUUGGUUGCGCAGAGCAUGGACAAUACGAUCCUCGCCUUCGCUGCGGAUGGGAUGAAGCAGAAUCGGAAGAAGGUGUUCAAGGGUCAUAAUGUGGCUGGGUUCGGUUGUGAGGUUGGGUGGAGCCCGGAUGGAAGAUUUGUGAGUAGCGGUGAUGGGAAGGGCGAUGUGUGCUUUUGGGAUUGGAAGAGCGCCAGGCUGUUGAAGCGGUUGAGAGGGGCGCAUGCGGAGGCGGUGAGCAGCCACGUGUGGUUGACCAGGGAAAGCAGUAAGGUUGUCACGGCGGGCUGGGAUGGGCUGAUCAAGUUGUGGGAUUAG